CAGUGGUCAAUGGCGUAGGAGACGAAAGUGAUUUUGCAGACAAUAUUUGGAAUGCAUUUCGUUAUUUAGUGGAUUGUUUGUGUCGCGCAUAGAACAAAAUGGUUUUCGAAUCACUAGUUGUUGACCUUAUCAACAAGUACCUUGGCGAUUAUGUUGAGAAUUUGGACAGAUCCCAGCUGAAGUUGGGUAUUUGGGGAGGAGAUGCAGUGUUACAGAACUUGGAUUUGAAGGAAAGUGCAUUGGAUGAUUUAGAUUUACCAGUGAAAAUCAAAGCAGGCCAUAUAGGAAAACUUACAUUGAAAAUACCAUGGAAAAAUUUGUAUACAGAGCCAGUUGUUGCAACAAUAGAUGGUUUAUAUGCCUUGGCUGUACCUAAUGUUGCUGUAAAGUACAAUGAAGAAAAAGAAGAAAAAGCAAAACAAGAAUCUAAACAGAAGAAAUUACAGCAGAUUGAGGAUGCCAAGAAACUGGAGGCUGACAAAGAUAAGCCAAAAGAGGUCAAGAAGGACUCAUUUGCAGAAAAAAUGGCAGCACAGAUCAUUAAAAAUCUACAAGUACAAGUGUUGAAUGUUCACGUUAGAUAUGAAGAUAAAUACUCCAAUCCUAAACGUCCUUUCUCCAUUGGUGUGUCGCUGAAGGAGUUACUCUUCCAGACAACAGAUGAGAACUGGAAACCAUGUGUGAUAAAGGAGGCAGUUACACAGAUUUUUAAGCUCAUCAAACUGGAUUCUUUAGCUGUAUACUGGAACCCUAACUCAGAACAAUUUGAUGGCAAGGACAAGGCAACAGUUUUGUCUAAAUUAACCAGUGGUGUGGCAGAUAGUGAGAAAGAUCCUGGCUUCCAAUAUUUGAUAAAACCCAUCUCUUCAGUGGCCCACCUGAGACUGAAUACAAAACCAGAGCUCAACAAAUAUACCAUUCCUAAAAUAUUUAUGACAAUUGUUUUUGAUGACAUUAGUGUAGGACUAUCAAAACUUCAGUUUGAUGAUGUUUUAGAAAUGUUAGAAUCCUUAGAGAGAAUGAACCUGCUGAGUAAAUACAGGAAGUACAGACCAGAUGUUCCUCACAAGAAACAUACAAAACAAUGGUGGCACUAUGCAAUGAAUAGUGUACUUGAAGAAGAUAUCCGUAACAGAAGGAAGAUGUGGUCCUGGUCUUAUAUAAACCAACAUAGGAAUACUAUGAAACAGUAUAGAGAGGCGUAUGUUAAAAAACUAGACGGCAAAAAGGUUUCUAAAGAACUUCAGAAAACUCUAGAUGAUUGUGAAAAAGUGUUAAAUGUGUUCAGUAUCACAUUGAUGAGACAACAGGCAGAGGUCGAGGCAGCUAAACUUGGUGCUAAGAAAGCUCAGGAGAAAGGAAGUGGAUGGUUUGGUGGCUGGUUGGGUGGCAAGAAAAAAUCAGGCGAAAAGAAAGAAGAUAUAAAGGACAAAUUCCAAGAGCAGUUUACAUCAGAUGAGAAAUCUAAGUUAUAUGAUGCUAUUGGAUAUGAGGAAAAUGAAGCAGAUCCCACACUUCCUAAAGAAUUUGUUGCUUUGAGAUUGGUGACAAAGCUAACCAAGAUGUCCAUAACAUUGAGAGAUGAUGCCUCAAAAGAUUCUCAUGUGAUAAAGUUACAGCUCAAGGAUGUUUUCAGUUCUGUUGGACAGAGGCCUGCUGCUAAUGCUAUAAUGGUUGAGGCCAAGAUGGACAAGUUUACAGUGCAGGGCACUCCACAAAAUGGACAGUCUCCAUACAUGGCCUUGUCACAGACCAAAGAGGCUGACCAAGUCUACUCAUUGCUCAAUGCAUGGUUUGAAACUAAUCCAUUAGAUGGCGCUUGUGACACCAGAGUUAGGCUUAAUAGCAGACCCUUACAGAUUAUUUACGAUGCUGUGACAAUAAACAAUUUGGUCAAGUUCUUCAAACCACCAGAGCAUGUAUAUCUACAACAACUUUCAGAGGCAGCAGUGGCUAAGUUUGAACAGAUUAAGGAACAAUCGGCAACAGGACUACAACACGCCAUAGAACAGAGGAAAUACACUGAGAUAUCUGUUGAUCUACAACCAUCUUAUGUUAUCAUACCAGAUAAAGGCUACUAUACAAAAGAUGGUAAAGCACUUAUCCUUGACCUUGGUAACUUGAAGGUUGCUACUGAGAAGAGCCAAUCCAAAUACUCAAAAGGACAACAGCUUUGGAAGGUUGGAAUGAAUAUCAUACAAGAAAGGCCAAAAAUGAUGGAAACUGUGGAAGAAUUGAUGAAACGAGCGUAUGAUAGAUUCAAUAUUACACUUGGCAGAGUGCAGGUCUUGUUCUCAAGUUCAGGAGAGGAGUGGAGAGUAUGCAGAAAGCAGCCUAAAUCACCUAUGCAUAUAUUAGAACCUAUCUCUAUAAAUAUUGUUCUACAGAAAUGUAUGUUCGACAAAGAUCCUAGAAUGGCCAAGAUGAAGGUGUCAGGAGAACUGCCAUUGUUAAAGUUGAAUAUGUCUGACCAAAGACUUCAUGAUCUCAUAGGGUUGGCUGACAGUAUACCUCUCCCAGAGUCAGCUCCUACACCUAAAGAGGAGGUCUUCCUUGCCAAGACUGAGAAGGAACUUAGAAUGGAAGACACAGCCAUUGUAGCAGCAACACAGGCAUUGAUACCUGGUCAACCGGAAACUAAGCAAAUUGAUAGAUCUCCUUCACAAGAAUUUACCAACUAUACAGAUAUGGAACUCAACUUUGAAAUCAAACAGGUUGAUAUCAAUAUAUCCCAAGUAGACAAUGGUAAGGAUAUUCCCGUGUUGAGAUUAGUGGUUGUCUCCCUUGGAACCAAGGUCACCAUGUGUACGUAUGAUAUGAAUGUAGCAGCGUAUCUAGGAGGAGUCUAUGUACAACACAGGAAGUUUGUCGCGCCGCCUGGAUACAUCCAGAAAGGAGACCCUCCAGAAGUGGACGGUCCUGUGGUCAACAUUGUUAAUACCCCUGGUGAAGAUGGAAUGAAAAACUUACUGGAAGUUCAAUAUCUCAAGGCAAAUAAAUAUGGCCCAGAAUUUGCAACAACAUAUAAAAAUAUAGAACAAAAAAUCGAUGUGACAUUUACCAGUCUAGAGGUGCUCCUUCAUCAGGAGGCAUUAUUAAAUGUGUUAGAAUUAGUAGAAAAAUUAAAACCAGCACCAAAACCAACAACAGAGGUUGCUAAGACAACAGAAGAAGGGAAAGACAAAGAAAAAACAGAGGAAAAGGAGGAGGAAAAGAAAAAGGCUAUAAAGAAAAGAAAAGAUACAGGUGUAAUAGAUAUCCAGGUGAAUGCCACACUCAACGAGUUUCAGGUGGCACUGUGUACAGAACAAAAAUAUAUCACUGAUGUCAGGAUUAAAGGUAUCCAUGCUGGUGUUACCAUGGAGACAGGAAUGAUGACUGUGACUGCUACCUUAACAGCCAUUUCUAUAUUGGAUCCUUGUCACGGAACUCUGUACCCUAAGAUAAUGGACAUUGAAGAAGGAGGUAAAGUACUGACCACUAAGUUGGUGAUAUAUGAUGACGCUACAAAGGGAGAUAAUUACUCCGUUCUGACGAAUGUGGAUACAAGUGUGGAAGUGGAUAUUGGGUGUAUACGACUAGUCUUCCUCAAUAAGUUUGUUGGAGAUAUAUUGGGCUUUCUUAAUAAAUUCUUAGAUGGCAUGCAGGAACAGCUGAACAAAGCAAAGGAAUUAGCAGCUGAAUAUUCUAAAGAUGUGGCACAAAAACUCCAGGAGAGGGCGCCAAGAGUCAGUCUCAAUGUUAAAAUGAAGGCUCCUGUUAUAAUCGUUCCACAGAAUUCUAAAUCUAAAAACGCCCUUGUGGCUGACUUUGGAAGUUUGAGUGUUCAAAAUUCUUUUAGUAAAGCAGGAGAAUCCGAAAAUAAGAUUCCAUAUGUGCUUGACAAAAUGGUAGUGGAGCUUACAUCAUUGAAAAUGAGCAGAGCUGUUAUUGGGAAGAAGCUUGCCAUAGAAGAUGAAAGCUUGAUACUAGAACCAGUAACUAUAACAGUCUCUAUCACUAGGAACUUAUCUGCAGCCAUGUUUACCGAGCUCCCUGCCGUUGACAUUACAGGAGUGAUGAAAUCAGUCAGCGCCAAACUGAGUCAGACGGACUUUAGUCAGAUCAUGACAACUCUGAAUGAGAAUUUGACGGAAGGACAGGUACCGAUUCCUCAUUCAACAGAAGUAGCUCUUGGUGAACUCACAGACAAAGAAGUUAUGGAAUCACAUGUCAUUCCUCCGCCAUUGUCAAGACAACCAUCUGAAGAGCUGACAUGUAAACUGAAGUUUAACUUUGAGAUAGAAAGUUUAAGUGCCACACUUUAUAUAGGGCAAGAGGAUUUGAUGGCACAGAGAUCAGACAAAGCAGCCCUUGGUAAGGUGGAGCUACAAGUGAUAGCUGUUUCUGGAAAACAGAUGUCUGAUGAAUCAAUGGAGGUCAAGGUCAUUCUCAAGGACAUGGUACUGGAUGAUUCUAGACAACACAAGGUUAAUGGCAUCACCAGCCCUGAUAUCAUUACAAGAAUGAUACAGCGGAGUAAAUCCCGUUUGUCAGAGGAGGGAUCUAGUAACAUGAUUGAUGUCAGCUUUAAACAGGACUGUAGUAAAGAUUCUAAUGUUGAUAUCAGAGUGAACAGUUUGUACAUCUGUGUGUGUCUGGAUUAUCUCAUGUCCCUAGGAGAUUUCUUCACCAAAGGCAUGCCACAGAAAGACAAAGGAGAGGUUGUAAAACAAGAAACCAAACCUAGCAAAACACAGAAGAAAGUGAAAGAAGAUCUGCCUCCUCCACCAUCUAAUUGUAUGGACAUUGUUGUCAAGAUAGAAAAACCAGAGAUAAUCCUGAUUGAAGAUCAACUUAACCCUAACUGUAACUGUCUCGUACUGGAUAUGGAAGUUAUUUUCAAGAUGAAGAUCCACCCAGAAUCCCAAGACAUGUCGGCCAAUGUUAGAGAUUUACAGAUAUUUUCCUGUGUCUUCAGUAAGAGGAGAUCUGUUCAAGCACAGAUAUUAAACCCAUGUGAGAUUUCCUUCUACAGUAAAACACCUUAUGGUAAAGGUGCCCACAUGGACAUAGCGACCUCAGACUUAAUCCUCAACAUAUCUCCUGCCACCAUCAAAACCAUGUCUGGGAUCAGUGCAGCUCUGGCUGCAAAGCCUGGUUCAGAGGAUGAAACCAGUAAAUAUACAGUACCAGCUGACUUGUGGGAGGUCAAAAAGCUACAUGAAACAGACUUCUGGUUCCUUAAAACAGGGGAGGAGGUUGAACUGGAACCAGAAGAAAUCUUAGAUGAACUGAUUGAAGAAGAAACCAGAUCAGAACAGAGUACAUCAGAAAUGUUGAUUGCUAAGAUACCAACUAUGGUUAUCAAGAUAGAAGGAGGUGUGGGAAAGAGGACUGUUCCAUUAUUAAUAGUGGAAGCUUCCUUCUCAGGAGAGGUCAAAGAUUGGAGUUCAAAGUUAAGUGUAGAGAGUACAUUAAAGUUAGAAGUAGCCUACUACAAUGAGAAGUUAUCAGUCUGGGAACCUCUACUAGAACCUGUUGUGGAGGAUGGUAAAAUGAAACGCUGGGAGUUAGGACUCGAGGUGAUGAUGAAUGAUGACCUACCACCUCCUCCUGAUGAGGAUGGAGAUUCUGUAGACAUAGUACUGCCUCCUCCUAAGAUGACCGUUACAGUUUUCUCCCAUGACGAAAUGCAGUUGACAAUGUCCAAGACUUGUUUAGAAGUUCUACAAAAUCUUGGAAAGUCCUUUGGAGAUGCAUACAGAUUGGUAGAGCCUUCAGAGAAAGCAGGGGAGAUCAUUUCUCCUUUCUGUGUACAGAACCAGACAGGGCUAGAAAUUGUUAUGAAACUAGACAAUUCUUUUGAGAUGCCCCAGGAUGCAGAUAAUUUCAAGGUUAAGAUGACACCAGACAGACGGUUAGAACUGUGGAAUAAAAAGAAAGGGUUGAGUAGAAAGGCUUCAGUCAUUAAGGCAGCACAAGAAGGAGAUGAGAAAAAGUUCAUAUUCCAGAUUGAACAAUUCAAUGCUACAAGAGAGGUGACUGUAAAGAGAGCAGAAAAGAGAUUAUACCAAAUCAAUCAUAAAACCUACCCUGGUGACAUCUGGUCAGUUAUAGUCAAUACAGAGACACCUAUUGGUCAUAAAAUAUUGUCUAUACAGUCCAUGGUUCAGAUAAAGAACCAUUUUGAGAUACCAGUAGAAGUAUUCUAUAAAGAUGAUGUCAAUGUUAAAUCCUGUGGGGUCGUGGCUCCAGAGGCUAACUUCAGUGUUCCAUUACAAGCUGUGUAUACCCCAGGGGGAGAGUUCCUCUUUAAACCAGUCUAUGAAAACUACCAAGUAUCCAAGGACACAGUGUCGUGGAGGGGUGCAGAAAAUUUAGGAACAGUCCAAUUGGCUUGUCAAGGGGAGUCAGGACACAGUGCUUUCUAUAUAUCUGUGAGAGCAGAGAUAGAGAAUGUAUAUUUUGAUAGUGGAGAUACAUUGUCAGCCAAGUCAUUUAUAUUCCAUCUAUCACCCACUGUUAUACUACACAACCUUCUACCUUAUCCAAUCAGAUUCCAGUUAGAGGGAACAGAAGACCACACAACUCUUCAGAAAGGAAAGAACACAGCUCUAUUGAACGCUUGUGUUGGCAAAUCUAAUGUAGAAAUUGUGAUACCAAUUUAUGAAGGUAAAGAAUGGAUAGGACACAGAUCUAUAACUAAUGAUCUACCAGAACUAUCCAUGCUGACAUUUGAAGCGUAUGAAGGUGCUCAACAAGUAACACAAAAUCUAGGUUUACAUUGUAAAAAGAAUGAUGGGUGUCUGGACAUAUCUGUCUACAGUCCUUACUGGAUGGUUAACAAAACAGGACAGGACCUGUACUACAAGGCGAGUGAUGGGGAAGAUUUCACAACACAUGGCCAUGACAACUUGGAUAUUGUGAUGUUCUCGUUCAAACAGAAAACACUUUUCAGUACAAAGAAAAAAAAAAAUAAACACAAUUUGAAGUCUGCUUUGGCUGAGCCAGUGUAUCUUGCUGAGUCUACGCUCUCAGCGACAGAAAUCAAGGAGUACCGUAAACAAAUGAAAUGGAAGGAUGCUAAGGGCAAGGAACCCACUAAGGGAAAGGAACCUAGUAAGGGCAAGGAACCUGCUAAGGGGAAGGAACCAGACCAAAAGAAAACAAAGGAAUGGAAACAAAGUGGGAAAGCUUCUUUGAAGAUAGCCACUUCUGAAUGGUCAGAUAAGUUUUCCUUAGACACUGUAGGAAGUUCUGGUGAUGUACUAUGUAAGAGCACCAAGAAACAGACAUUUAGUGUUGGAGUAAAGAUCACACUGUCCAGUAGUGGUUUAACCAAGAUUUGUACUUUUACACCAUUCUACAUGUUACUCAACACUUCUGAGUAUUCCUUACUGUGUCAAGAAACAGGACAAGAAGGAGAUGACUGGAUACAAGUGGCUUCUAAAGAGUGUAAGCCAUUUUGGCCAGUGCAGUCUGGGAAAGAUUUGACAAUGAAAGCCAAGUUUUCAGGAUCAGCUGUGGAAACAUCUCAAUUCCUGUUCAGUAAGCCACAUACUUCAUUGAUGAAACUAUUAGAUCAGCAUGGUGGACUGAAUGUUGAUUGUCAAGUGACUGAGUCUGCUACUGUUGUAACCUUGAGUGAAUACAGUGAAGGUAUGGCCACAGUUCUACUGGUCAACCAUACAGAGAAAGCUAUGAUACACUUUCAUCAAAGUGGUUUGAAGACAGAACAUGUACUGAAUGCUCAGCAGUAUAUGUUGUACACCUGGGAGAUGGCUACUGGCAAAAGGGAGGUAAUAUGGUCGUGUGGAGAGAAAAAGGACACCAAAAAUGAUUUACAACAGGAUGGAAUAGGAGAAUUCUUUGCCAACUCUGACAGUAAGAUAUACUGGGUAUCCUUCCUCAAUGGUAUGCAGCGUGUUCUAUUGUUUACUGAAGAUCUGGCCUUGGCAACCAUAGCUCAGGAGGCAGGAGAAUUAGAACGUAUAGAACAAGAAAUCAACAUCUGUAUACAAGGUCUGGGUCUGUCACUCGUCAAUGAUUACAAACAGAAGGAAGUGGCUUAUUUAGGAAUUACAAGCUCAGGAAUUAUAUGGGAAGAAAAGAGGAAGAGAUUUAGAGCUCUGACUGUAAAGGCUGGAGAGACAUUGGAGAAAGGGUACCAGAAAUAUGCUAAUGAGUUAGAGAUGGGUCAUACUCCAGCUUCUAAAGUUCAUCUGGAAAAUAAAAUGGAGGUUGACUGGAAUGAAAUGAUGAUGUAUAAACCCAACAAAAGACAGAUCAGAAGGAGUUUUCAGGAGGGAAUAUGGCUGCAAUACAAAACAUCACCUCAUCAGAUACAACUACAUGCUAAGAUACAAAGGCUUCAAUUAGAUAACCAGAUGAGUGAUGCCACAUUCCAGACAGUGUUAGCCCCUACACCUCUGGCUAAGUCUAUAGCAGCAGAGAGUAUACCUAAACCAUUUACAGAGUUGAGUAUGAUGCAGAGAAAACAUGAACACAUUGAAAUGUCACAGUUCAAAUAUUUCAAGGUGCUGACACAAGAAAUGACAUUAAAAGUAGACCAGGGCUUCCUUAAUGAACUGAUAGAACUUUUUUCCUCAUCAGACAGUGUGUCCAGAGAUCAGGAGACGACACUAAUGGAAGAAGAUUACAAGAGAGUACAUGUGACAUUGAUUGAGGACGCUGGCCUGUCUCUGGCACAGGAACAGAAAAACUUCUACGAUUAUCUUCAUUUCUCUCCAAUUAAGGUCCAUCUAAGUUUCUCCUUACAAGGAGGAGGGGGUGAUGGUAAACAGACAGCUAUCCAGUCUGAUGUUAUCAACAUAUUCUUACAGAGUGUGGGAGUGGUCCUCACUGAUGUACAAGAUGUUGUCUUCAAAUUGGGAUAUUUCCAAAGAGAGCAUAAGUUUUAUAACCAGAGUCAAAUGACCGGUGAAAUGACCAGACAUUAUGCUUCACAGGCUAUCAAACAGAUGUAUGUGUUGGUGUUAGGUUUGGAUGUGUUAGGAAAUCCCUUUGGACUGAUCAGAGGAAUGGCUGAGGGAAUAGAAGACCUAUUCUAUGAACCUUACCAAGGAGCUAUACAGGGUCCUGAAGAGUUUGCAGAAGGUCUAGCUCUCGGUGUCAGAAGUCUGUUUGGUCAUGCUGUUGGUGGCGCUGCAGGAGCUGUAUCCAGAAUAACUGGUGCCCUGGGUAAAGGUAUAGCUACAUUAACCUUGGAUGAUGACUACCAGAAGAAACGGAAGGAAGCUAUGAACAAACGUCCAGCCAAUGUCAGAGAAGGGUUUGCUAGAGGUGGUAAAGGACUAGUUAUGGGUGUAUUUGAUGGAGUAACUGGUAUUGUGAGGAAGCCAAUAGAGGGCGCUCAGACAGAAGGUGUGGGUGGAUUCUUCAAAGGUUUGGGUAAAGGUUUGGUUGGUGUUGUGACAAGACCUACCAGUGGUGUUAUAGACUUUGCCAGCAGCUCUUUUGAAGGCAUUAAAAGAAUAGCAGACAUGUCAGUUGAGGUCAGAAGAUUAAGAAAUCCCAGAAUCUUCAGCGGUGAUAAAAUCAUACGACCCUACAACAGGCGUGAAGCUGAUGGCUAUAUGAUCUUACAAGAGACUGAGAAAGGAAAGUUUGCUACAACAGAUCAUUAUGUUGCCCAUGCAGUGAUCAGUAAAGACGGCAGACAUGUUCUCAUUAUAACUGAUAAGAGAGUAAUUUAUGCUAACCGUGGUGAGAUAUUUGGUCACUGGGAUGCUGAAUGGUCCUAUACAUGGGGAGAGAUUAAAGAGACACCUAAAAGAAAUCCAAAAGGCAUUGAAAUAGUACUGAAGGAGAAAGAGAAGAGAAAGUUUCCAUUUGGAAGUAGUUCUGCAAAGAAAGAUGUUCAUAUAUUUAAUCCACAGACUGCUGAUUAUGUCCAUGGAAAGAUAGUAGAAGCAAUGAACAGACAUAAAUAAACUGUGAAAAUCUACCGGACAAGAUUGGAAUUCCAUGGAAAAAUGACAUCUACAGGACAAGGUUGGAAUUCCAUGGAAAAUUGACAUAGAAGGAAAAUAAUAUUCAUUCUUACUAUAGAACAAUGUAUUGUUAAAGAGAUUGUAAACUUGCCUAAUAUGUGAAUACUCUGUAAAAUACACAUAGUAUAUGUAAAAUACACAAAGUAUAUGUAAAAUACACAUAGUAUAUGUAAAAUACACAUAGUAUAUGUAAAAUACACAUAGUAUAUGUAAAAUACACAUAGUAUAUGUAAAAUACACAUUAUAUAUGUUUGGUACAUAUAGCAUAUGUAAAAUACAUAUAGUAUAUGUGAAAUACACAUAGUAUAUGUAAAAGGACACAUUAUAUAUGUUUGGUACAUAUAGCAUAUGUAAAAUACAUAUAGUAUAUGUGAAAUACACAAAAUAUAUGUAAAAGGACACAUCAUAUAUGUUUGGUACAUAUAGCAUAUGUAAAAUACAUAUAGUAUAUGUAAAAUACAUAUAGUAUAUUUAAAAUACACAUACACAUAGUAAAUGUAAAAUACACAUAGUAUAUUUUUGGUAGAUUAUUAGAACCAUGCAGCUCAAUAUAUGUGCUUUUAUUUUAUUUUUCUAAGGUUGAUGGAAUUCGCAUAAUAUAUAACUGCUUCACUCAAAUCUUGUUCUUGAAUCAAUAAGAAAUUUAAUACUUAUUUUAUUAAAUGAUCAAGUUUAAAUUUUAUUAAACUUGGUUUUAAGAUUUGGAGUAUAUGUGUAUAUUUGUAAUAUUAUUUUUUAAUACUUAUAACAUCUCAGUAUCUAGUCUGUGUAGGUCCCCUAUGAUUGUAUAUGUGUUAUUACCCAGUAUAUAACUGUUCUUGAAAGGAGUUAUGUUUGCAUGAUAUGCAUAUUUGCCUGAAUGGGUUCAUUAUAAUUUUAAAACAAUUUUCAUCCAAUUUUUAUUUGACAGCAUAAAAUUAGGCCAAUGGCAUAAAUAAUUUACCUAGCAAUUGCUGGAAUUAGAUAUUUGAUAUUUACAAGGGGGUUAACAUCUGAGAAGAGAAAUACAUGGAAUAGUCUAGCCCUUUCAAUGCUACAACCUUAACAAAAAGUGUAUACAUAUUUUGGUGAGAGGGUGAAAGAAGGGGAUUGUUUAUUUAACUAUGGUUUAUUAUAUGAAAAUGGCAUUUUUAAAAGGUUUGCUUUUUUUAUGGUCGAUUGACUGAAACAAUUAUUUUUCUUUUAUAAUCUUGGUUGGUAUAUAGUCAGCCUGUCCUGGUAUCUGUCUAUCUGUCUGUCCGUCUAUUAAAUUAUCUGCUAGUGUGCCUUGUUAAAGCAACUACUCCUAAUCUGAUAGAAGAAGCUUUGGAAACAGGAAUUAACUUUUGUGUAUUGUUUUUGAUUAUUUUUAUUUUGUUACAUAUCAUUUGUUCCAUUCCCCUGUUAUUUAUCAUUUGUUAAUCAUUUAUAUAUCUUAGAUAUAAACUGCUUGUACUUUUAUUAUUCUUUUAUUAAAUAAAAGCAUUUGUUGUUGUUUUGCAAUUUUUAUUUUGUUAAUGUCUUUUUUUUUUAAAUAUUUUUUCAUAUUUCAAUUAAUUUUUGUAAACAAGGUUGAAAUAUAUUAAAUAUUGUCUUGCAUGGUGUGUUAAUAUAGAUACAAUGUAAUUGGCAUACAAUUCUACAAGUUUUGAAUAAAUGUUUAGUGACUUACAUUUUUUUGUGAUUAAUUUUAAAUUAUUAAAAAAAAAUCAUGUAUCCCUGUAUUGUAUUGUGUUUUUAUGGUUUGAUUUUACUGCUCUGAUUAAUAUUAUAUGAGAAUAUCAGGUAAUCACAUAUUCUGUUUAAAUUUGUAUGCUUGGAUGUAAACAUGUAUUUAAAGUGCAAUAAAUCUAUGCUUAAACCAA